GACAAGAGAAACUCCUCCCGUCUUCAAAUUAUGAGCAAUCAGCAGCAGGGUGAAAUGGCCGCUGCGGAGAGCGGUGGAGGAUUCAGUCAAAAGCGAAACACAAAUUCACAAGACUCACAGCAGCCGUCUCCUCUUGCCUUGUUGGCAGCCACUUGCAGUCGAAUUGACACCCCUGGAGAGAACGAUUCCCCAGAAGACCAGCAACAGAAUCAGCAGCUGGAAAUGAACCAGGGUGUUUUCACCUCCAGCGCCAACAGCUGGCAGAUUAUCCCUACCAGUGUUCAGGCAUCCUCGGGCUCUAACACUGUCACCACCGACUCCUCAGGGGUGAUGACAAGAGGAGACAAUAGCAAGGGUAGACAGGUGCUGUCAACAUCAGCAGCUGUUGCAAGCUCUCAGGGUCAGCAGCCACAGCAAUAUGUAGUAGCUCAAGCUCCAUCUAUGCCAUGUCAACAGGUUCUUACCACCUUAUCGGGUGUGGUACCCAACAUACAGUACCAAGUCAUACCACAGUUUCAGACAGUAGAUGGUCAACCGCUGCACUUUGCACAUACUCAGCAGGACUCUGCUGUGUCUGCUGCAGCAGGACAAGGACAGCAGUUUCAGAUCGUGUCCUCUUCUAAUGGCCAGCAAAUCAUAGCUGCCACCAACAGAGCAGGUGCAGCUGGAAACAUCAUAACCAUGCCCAGUGUCCUUCAGGGAGCCAUUCCCAUUCAAAAUAUAACUCUAGGCAAUGGUGUGUUACAAAACCAACCCCAGUUCUUGGCAAAUAUGCCAGUGUCUCUGAAUGGAAACAUCACUUUGCUGCCUGUCAGUACAGGUGCUGGGGGAGAUGCAAAUGGUAGUGGAGACACAGGGGGUAACCAGCUUAUGCAGCAGCAAUCAAAACAGCCAGUGUCUUCUAACAGUGAGGCAGGUUACAUGACAAGUGUGUCCACUGUCACAACUCAGACCUCCUCCUCUUAUGGAAUUACCCAAACACAGAAGAGUAAUGGAUCAGUGGCUGGGAUGUUCCAGCAAAACCCAGCAACUUCUCUUGGUGUCCCAAUUCAGCCAGACACCAGAGAUGGGCAGCAGCCUCAGCAGAUUCUUAUUCAGCCUCAGCAGGUUAUCCAAGGCGGAACACCUCUCCAGACCAUCCAAGCCAGUACCAUUGCAACUGCAGGUGGUCAAGUAUUUGCAGCUCCAACACUCAGCCAGGAAGGGCUUCAAAAUCUUCAGAUUAUGCCAAACACCGGGUCCAUCCUUCUGCGCACUGUAGGCCCUAAUGGUCAGGUUAGCUGGCAGACCAUUCAGAUCCAGAGUCCAGCAGGUGCACAGAUAACACUGACCCCAGUCCAGUCUCUUCCACAACUUGGGCAGACUCAGGGAGGAGCUGGAGCAGCUGUCGGCACGGUGCAGAUUCCAAGCCUUCAGACCAUAAAUCUUAACACACUUGGAAGCACUGGGUUGCAAAUGCAUCAGCUGCAGGGGGUCCCCAUCCCUAUCACCAGCAAUACAGGCGAGCAGCCAUUUCAGACUGGUGGAGAAAGUUUGGAUGACUGUACAGUUCUGGAUGACGACGAUCCAAAAUCACCAACCCAGGGGCGCCGAAACCGCCGAGAAGCCUGUACCUGCCCCUUCUGCAAAGAUGGAGAGGCACGAGAUCCAAAUAAAAAGAAGCAGCACAUCUGUCACAUCACUGGCUGUGGAAAAAUCUAUGGCAAGACGUCCCACCUUAGAGCCCAUCUUCGCUGGCACACAGGAGAACGUCCUUUUGUCUGCAGUUGGUCUUGUUGUAACAAACGAUUCACUCGUUCAGAUGAGCUGCAGCGCCACAAGAGAACACACACAGGUGAGAAAAGAUUUGCAUGUACCGAGUGUCCAAAACGCUUCAUGCGCAGCGAUCAUCUCUCAAAACACGUCAAGACCCAUUCAAACAAGAAAGUACUGUCUGCCACCAGCAGCGCAGUGUCAACAGAUGCUGCAUCUCCUGCAGCAGGAACAGAAGCCAGUAUGGGAGUGGGGUCAGCUAGCGACCAGCACACCAUUGUCACCAUGGAAACCUUAUCUGCAGAAAGCCUUGCUCGAUUAGCCAACAGUGGUAUUAGCAUGAUGCAGGUGGACAUUCACCAAAUCAACGGCAACAGCUACUAAAGAUGGAAGACGAUUGUCUUAGUGGAUGUUGUUUAGACAUUUGAGGUGAAAAUGGGUGUUACUGGAGAACCUCUUGGGGGUCUCACAUGCAUUACAACAGACACUAACAAUUUGUAGAGUGGGGGCAGAAAUCGGACUUUCAUCUUAUAUCUAGAGGCCUGUGGCAUUUAAGGCUCAAAGGUGGAUGAAUGGAGUUAAAAUCCCAAAACAAAAAUCACUGAAAUCCUGUUUCCUCUGGAAAUGGGAUUACACUGACAUUCAUCUCACACAAAGAUCCAGUCUUGGUUACCCAUGAGUGGGAUAGUAAUGAACACGUCAGCACAGUUCGUGUUGAAUUUGUAGCUAGUAAUCUCAGUACAAGCUACAUCGUUGAACAGGCGACACCAAGUCAGGUUCUUGUUCUGUCUGUGGGUUUUGCCACUUGUUCACCUCAGGAGGUUUUGAUCCAUUGGACUAGACUGCUGUCAGGUUCUUCAGGCUAACUGACCCAAAUGAUCUCAAAAUGAAAUAUAUCUUCAUUAAAUGAAACUAUUUAGCAACAAAGAUUGGAUUUUCAUAUUACUGUGGAUGAAUAUAUUUGCAGAGUAGCAAUUUUAGUAUCCUGGGGAUGGAUGUGAAUACAUAAAAUCAUGCUGAGGCCAGAGGAUAUAGGUGUUAGGGCACUGAAGUCCUAUAAAUCAUUAUUUACCAUUUUUGUAAGUACACAUUCAAGCCAUUAUGCUUUAAUAUCUUUGUGAAAGCAUUUUCUUUUUUUGUAUAAAUAAUUUGUGAUGAUUGCUACAUAAAUUUUUCGCACAGGCAGGUCUCUAUAUGAUUGCAGAUUUACGUUUGUUCUUUUCAUGCACAAUCAAUCAAUCUUAUUUUUAUAUAUGUGUUGAUAAAAUUUGUAAACUUCAGUUUGUCAUGUAUUAUACAGUCCAGGUCUUCCUUUUUUCUUUUGUGGUACUUAAAUUAGACUUUGCCUUUCAGUUAUAUCAACUUCUGUUGUGGAAAACUUUAAUUUCUUGUUUAGUUAUUAGUCAGUUUAAAUGUGUUUUUUUUGUUUUUGUUUUUUUGCAACAACAUCCAGAAGUCAUGAACAUGCAAGCUCCAAACCAAACAUUCAUUCAUUUGGGAAACCUUCUUUGAACUUUAUUUUUUAUGCUAUAAUGCAUAUGCCAAAAUUAUAAC